CACAUUUUCACAAUACUUCUUCUGUAUUUCAGAACCCACCUUUCUGGAUGAAAGCUGGCAUUUUUUGUUGUUUGGCAAAGACGUUGAGUACCUGUGUGUGUCGUGAUUUGAGAAACUUGACAUAAGUGAAUGGAGUGUUCACUGGGCUUCACUAUGACUCUUAGUUUCAGCUUUACAGUCUAGCAACAGCAGCUGUUCGUAACUUACAGCUAAUUUGCUUUUACAGGAUUUCAGUAAUAAACCGGAUGAAUGGCUUUGAGCAUUUAUUGCACAUGCUCUGCCAGUCUUGAUUUAAUUUCUUCUUUGACUUCCCUAUCAUAUAAUUUAUCUAGGCUACUGGGGCAAUGGUUAUAACACUGGAUGUCACUGCACUACACUGUUAAACUCAGACUUAUUCAGUAGUUCAGGGGAAAGACAGCCUUGACUCAUUUGAGUUGCCUUAGUUUACUUUUAUAGUCGAAAUUUACUUUGUUCAGUUGCCAGUGCAACAUUAACAAGCAGUUCAAAUGAGUCCAAGCAGUUGGUUCCUAUAAACAGUCCAAAGUUUUUCCAAAUCUUCCGUUUUAUGUUUUCUUUCGAAGGUGGCAAGGAUGUCCCAAGCAGCUGUGAGUAACAUGAGGUAGUUUCUUCCCGUACCCCUCAUGUUCUUUCCACAUCUGCAUGUCUUAAAAAUGUGAAUCAUACACCAAAAACAUCAUUUGCAUGAACAGAUUUACCAAUACACUGUUUAUAUUAGUGAGUGUGACAUCAGGCUUAAGUGUUACUGGGACAAGUGCAGUUACACAAACCUGGCGUAAUACUUUUAUACUGUUGGGCCUCGCACAGCUUGUCCACUCUCAUACUGUGUGAACGUCAGUGUAGUUCUUACUCACAUCCAGUUAUAAAAAUCAAAAAAAUGAAAUAUUUUUUUUUAUCAAAUAUAUUUUACAUACUUUAGAACAUAUAGCCAGAUAAUUGCAAUACUUUCUUUUAAAUAAAGAUUAUUGAAUUAUUAAAUUGUAAAUGAUUGUAAAAUUACACAUUAUAAAUUAUUAUAGUAUUAAAUUAUAAUUGCUAAAUAGUCAGAGGUCAGUCAUUUUUAAUUUGUAUAAAUUGAUACUUUAUUCAGCAUUGAUGCAUUAGAUUGAUCAAAAGUCAAGUCAAGCCAGCUUUAUUUGUAUAGCACUUUAUACAAUAAUGGUUGCAUCAAAGCAGCUUUACGGUGUUAAGCUGGAAAAUAGUUGGUCAGUAAUGCAGGAAGACAAUAACAAAGAGUCAUUUUCAUCUGAAGUUCAGCUCUCUUUGACUCUAAAGACAUUCAGCAUGUUACAAACAUUUCUGUGACAUAAUAAGUGGUGUUCUUUUGAACUUUCUAUUCACCGGAGAAUCCUGAAAUUGCAUUUGACUUAUUAUACGUAUUAUGUUUCCACAAAAGUAUUAAACUGCACAACCCUUUUAAACAUAUAAAAAACAUAUAAUAAUAAUAAUCAAGUUUCUUGAGCAGAAAAUCAUGAUAUUUGAAUGAUUUCUGAAGAAUGGAGUAAUGAUGCUGUUGUAAAAAUGUAAUAAUAUUUCCCAAUAUUAGUGUUUUUACUGUAUCUUUGAUUAAAUAAUUACAGCCUUGGUGUGCAUUAGAGACUUCUUACCGACCCCUAACGUUUGAAUGGUAGUGUAAUACGAUAAAACAGAAAAGAUUGAUAGCUUAAUAGUGUCUCCUUUGAAAUAAAAUAAAGAGCCAACAGAGACUUAAAUAGCUGAAGUCAGGAAAAAGAAGAGCCAAAUUUAUUGUAAAGAGUUUCGGAACACAUCCUACAAUGUCUCAAAUUGUGCUCAGAUUUGCCAUCUCAGAUUUCAGUAUGAAUUCUCAAAUUCCUCAUCAAAUCCUUCCCCAAUCGUAAGCAAUGGAUAUUAUGGCUCUGUAAUCUUACUGCACAUCAUUUGUUUGGGUUAGUAUUGCUGAGACGGUUCUAAAAACUCUCUCUUAAACUAUAAAAAUAACAAAAUUUUCCUUCCUUUACCAUUCUAGAAUUAUUUCGAUGUUAAUAUUGUUGUAAUUUGCUAUUAUGGAGUUAUUAUUGUCUAGUGUUGCACUUGAACUAGUAAAAAUUAGCGUGUGUUUUGUCUGACUUAUGUAUUCAUGUCUGAAAGACUUCAUUUCCCAUGAAUUCUGCUGCUGUCUAUGGGGUGGAUAAUAAAAUCUUAACGAUUUAUUUGACUUAUUGAGUGGUUGUCCUUUAAUGCCUUUUGUGUAAGAGUCGAUGUCAACCACGAGGCACGUUUAAAUCCUGUCUCGCUCUCGUAUUAAGACCAUUGGGCGAAUAGAAAUCCCUACAUGCACAGAGUCAAAGUUUCCACACAUUGAUGAGACAAAGACAUCAAAACACUUAAUCCGCUCAAAGAAGAGUGAGGGAGAGAGCGGCAGAUGGCCAGAAAGACGUCAGUCCUCCUCAUUCGUCCCAGGACAACAGUGAGGCGGGAGACAGAUGAUUACAAGGGACCCUGGACGUCACAGAGACUGAAUGCGAAAGCUUAAAGGAGUUGUAUUAGGAUGAAAGAGCAAAAUGGCAAUUGGGGAAAAGGAUUUGAGUUUUUCAGGGACUCUGAUUCUAUGAUAAAAGACAUCAGUCAACACUUAAUGGAGUUGAGCUGUCUAAUAUCUUGAAUCAUGUACAUCUAAUAAAGAUUGAGAGACCGGGUUAGCAUGUGUGUGCUAACUUUUGUUAAGAUAAGACUUGCACACUUUUUCUGAUCCUAACUUGAUGCCACACUGCCCUCUCUAGCUGGCGGGACGGUAGUGUCCUCACGUCCUCACAGAUGAGCACGAAACCCCCAUUGAGUGCUUUUUAUUGUCUCUUAUCUGUUCUGUUUAAACUGCCACCUCCACUCCCAUUUCCUCUUAAUCCUAGGAAAUAAAAUUAAGGACUUUAUAUUAAAUAAACAGUGAAUAAUCUGUACUAUGCAAACUAAUUGACUGUAUGUUCUCCUCUUGAUCCAGAAGUCGGGUUCCCUGUCCUCUGAGAUCAAAGACGUGACUGACAUAGUGAAGAUUUACCAUCAGUUUAUCCUCCUUCAUUUCCUGAAAACAAGUUUGUUAUCAUUUUUCCUUUUCGUACUGGAGUGACUCAUGUCUUCUCUGUCGCUCUCUCAUAUAAAUACGAGUUUACAGGGACAUGUCUUCGGUGUAGACCAUCUCAGCAUCUGGUGGGCUUGGAGAUAUCGCUACUCAGUGUUUUUUUUUUCACAAAUGGGAUUUAUCCUCUUUGUUUUUAUAUAUCAUUUACAUUUUAAGUCAGUUUUACGGUUUAUUAUUACAUUAUAUUAUAUUUGAUGAAAUUUUUACUUUUUUCAUCCCGUCUGUUUGUAUUGAAGCCCACCUGGUCGGUUCGGUCAAUCAUGCUUUUUACCAGUUUUUUCUUUUUUUUGGCUCUGUUUCCUCCUCUUCAUUGGUGUAUGUAUGUUCCUGAACAGAACGUGCUUCUGCCGUUCGGCACACAAGUCAGGGAACGCUUGCUCUUCACAGAGAACAGAAAGCAUGGGCUGUUCCUUGAAAUGAAGCCUGAUGGCUCCGUCCGAGGGUCCCCAGCAAAGAAGCGCAACUGUGUGCUGAGCCUGCGCUCGGUCAAAGCGGGUGAGACGGUCAUCCAGAGUGAGGCUACAUCUCUCUUCCUCUGCGUGGAUGAUGAAGACAACUUGAAAGGACAGCUGCAUUACUCUGAAGGAGACUGCACCUUCCACGAAGUGCUACUGGAGGAUGGAUAUUCUUAUUUUCUUUCUCCACACUCCGAUCGUCCUGUGUCGCUCCACUCAAAGCAGUCUGGGCAGAAACACAGUGCCCCACUUUCUCGGUUCCUCCCCGUUAUGGAUUAUCUGUUGGCGGUGAGAGAGGACAGCCACAUACAGGAGGUGAAACAUUAUAUUAAGGACAUAAAUCUGGACUCUGAUGACCCACUAGGAAUGGGACAUCACUCUCAAAUCCAGACUGUCUUCAGUCCCAGUCUGCAUACUAAGAAGUGAGGUCUGGAGAACAUUGGUUAUGGAGGCAUGCUUUACAUCAUCACUGGACUGCCAGAUUUAAAAUGUUUUGUUACUGUAUUUUUAUUUUUGCCCGAAACUGUAUUUAUUUGAACUUAUUUAUUUAUUUGUUAUGGUCUAAAAUUAUUAAAAUUACCUUAAAUAUUGUUAAUAUGAAACAGCAUAUGAUUAUUAUGUAAAAU